AACUCGUAAGCUGGCACGAGGUGUUAAACCCGUGUGAUAACGACUGUGUUGUCCGGUCACGCGAGGAUAAAGUAAGUAAGUUACAUUCAUCUAUGACUACGCCACUGCGGCAGAAACAAAACUUGUUGUGUGAACUAUUUCUUUCAUUAAAAUUGUUUAUGUUAUUUUACCUAAAACAAUCCAUUAUACUGUUUUAAUAUUUAUUACUUUUCUGUUUGCAAAUUUGAAAAAAAAAAUGUCGUGUAAACUAUCUUAAACCUACUAUAAUGUAAACAAAUAGUUUUGAACAAGCACUUAUUUCGGCGUAAACAAAUAUUAAAAAAAUAUAAACAAUGUGGCAUCAACCAAGCUUAUGUACAUUCGCUGAGAUCAUUUUUGAGCAGCCACAAGUUAUGCAGCAUACAGUGCAAUAUUACAGGAGUUAAAAUUUUAAUACGUCACAAUUUACAUCGGGAAUGGGAUAUAGGGUAAUUACGGCCUAGCAAACCGAAAGAGGCCAACAAUAUUACCAGUGUUUGUUCGAGUAGGCAGUCCGGUGUGGGCAGUACAGUUAUAUUCGACAUAACUGCCUGAGUUAAACGUGAUAGAUCUCUGUAGGAAGUCAGUGCUGUCCCGACGUCACUGGGAAGUUGGUUUAUUGUUUAAGGUUUGGUUAAAUCAGAAAACCGGCAAUCGUCUUUGAACAGCACGGCUUACAGAUUAUUUUUUGAACUCGCGACUUUAAGGUCAGUUCAUAGAACUAUGAUAUGAAAGUAGUUUUCUUUAAAGUGCGCCGUAGAUUUUCAUAGGACGUAACAAAAUAUGCUGAUAGCGGCAGUCUUUCUGUAUUUCUACGCCAUUGGUUUUUCGGCUGCUAAACUACAAGCACCAAUCAAUUUAAAUGUCACGAAUGUUACAUCAUCAUCAAUAUCCAUCACCUAUGAUGUAACGAAAACGACAGGUCUAUCCCACGAUGUGGAAGUCGUGUCAGUAAAUAACCUUAAUGACGUCAGAAUAUGGACCACUAAAAAAAACAGGAUGGAGUUGACCGGUUUACGCAGUAAUAUAGCUUACACCAUUCGGGUACGAGCUACAAACGGAACCAAUAUUGGAAACUAUAGCAAUAUACUUUAUGCUAGAACAGCGCCUAAUGGUGCAGGAAUCAUAGGGAAUAUCGCUACUCCAACCUUCAUAACGGUUUUUCUGGAACAAGUUCCCGGUGCACGAUCAUGGGUUGUUGAGUACUCAGCUGAAAAUGAUGACAAUGUCUUAAGCUUGGAAACUUCUUUUAGCAAAGGAACGCAGUCCUUGUACAUUGCUAUAUUAACAGGCUUAACUCCAAACACAAAAUAUGUGGUUAGAGCACGUGUGACAAGAGUAUUAAAUACAACUUACACCAUAAGCCAAAGUCCAUUUGGACGAUAUACUAAUAUUUCUACAGAAAAAAGCUCCAUGUUCGGCCGUGUGACCUUUGUAAACAAGACAUUGUUGAACACCGACGAAUAUAAGACUAUAGUUGCAGAGCAGUUGACUGCUGCUUACUCAGCAAUAUCCGCCCACGUUUCCGAUGUCAGCGUUAUUGAAAUUGAAGACAGCCACACAUGCCACUAUGAGCUGAAAGUGAACAAUCGAUCAAGGAGGCCUUCGACGAGUGGUUUGGAAUUAAACGACACCAAUAUUUAUUCAAAUUCAGAAAUUAAGUUUAACUCGGCUGGGACCAAUGCAUAUCGGUGGGGGUACGCGCAUGGUUCUUUUACUAUUGGAUCAAUCAUACCAAGCAAAUCACACUGUUCGGAUACUGAUACACGAAAUUUAGUUUUCCAUAGUAAUAGUGGUGGGGCAUCCAGGAUAACACUUCCAGCAGCAAUUGAUGGUAAAGCACAAAGUCUUAAUCUAAUACAAUUUAAUCAAAAUGAGGUUAAAGCCAAUCAAAAAAGAGUCUUUGAAAUGGAAUCAAAUUCAGUUUACGGAAUAAGAUAUGAUUACUUGAUAAAGAUUUGUGAAAGUUCAAGUGCUCAAUCCACAAAAAUGUAUGACCGAGUCUAUAGCUCAACGGCAUCAAAGGAGGCGGAUAAAUACACAUAUAUCUACACAACAGCACCUGGUGCCAUCAAGAAAAACGAUGUUAAGAUAUUUCCAAUCAAUAAAGAAUGCACAUUUUCUACAUGCGUUGUUGGAUUCAACGUAUCAAGAGUACAAAGGGCAAACGAAUAUGUUUUUCGGGUUGAGCACAUGACGUUAGGUGCAAUUAUAAGGAUGGCGAAGUCGGCAUUUGAAAUUGAUAGUUCUAAAUAUGUACAGGUGACUACAAGGCCAGUGAAACUAAAUGUCAAUACAACCUACAACUUUGUUAUGAGAGUAAAGACGCUGUUGGCGAAUUCAACUAGUGUUUCAAGCCGAGAAUCGACCUUUUCUUUUUUUACUGGCCCACCAAAUCACGUUCCAUUUUAUCGCAUCAUUGAAAUUACUGAUGACCAGCUUACGAUUGAAUGGUCACGAUCAAAUUAUGCAGAUGGCUAUGAGAUUUACUUUCGUAAUACCAGCACAACUCAUACAGUAAUCGUCGGUGACACGACUAGUGUAACAAUAAACAACUUAAGCUUCUCUGUCUACAUAUUCAAUGUUACAAUGAUAGCAAAAAACGGGUUUGGAAAGAGCCGAAUGAAUUUAGCGUCACAAACUACAAGACCAUGGCGGUUUCAUAACGUCACCGGUGUAACGUUUAUUCUGACUUGGAGUGAUCCUUAUAGCUCCCCGUAUACUUUGUCCACUGAUCCCCAAGCAUUCAUAUCAGGAUCAGGACGAUCUGCACAUUUUUCGAAAUUGACGCCCGGUGUAAAAUACACUGUUAAUGUAACUUAUAAUGUAACAUCUGGCAAAAAAGUUUUGUUUUUUUCGGCUUACCAAAUAACAGACAUUAUUCCACCUUUAUUGACAAUAACAAAUGUUUCCAAUGGAUAUGAUAUAAAAAUUUCCUGGCCGACUGUUCACGGGGCUAUUUACUAUGUCCUUAUGUACAAGCGUUUACCAGAAGAACAUUUUUUUAAUGAAACAACAACAAGAACCGAAUUGAUUAUAAGCGAUGUGUAUGGAAAUUCAGCUUACCGGGCAAUUGCUUAUACUAUUGGUGCGGAUACUUUUAGUGCAAAAAAAGAAAUUGUUUUUCGAACAGCCAUACUACCGCCAGCAAACCUUACAGUAUCAAAUGUCACGUCCAAUUCGCUUUUUGUAAGUUGGAAAAGCAUAAAUGGUGUUCUGAAGUACCAGAUUUAUAUAUUCCAAUCAACAAAUAUUACCCGAGUAAACACUACUUUAAACACGAACAACCUGAUUGAAAAUCUGCUACCAGGCGUAGAAUACCUAAUUUCUGUAGUUGCGGAAUAUCCCCAAAGCACAAGAAGCAAUCUGUCAUCGAAAUAUGAAGUGAUUACAGCUGCUAAAAAUCUUGAAGAUUUUCGAGUUGAUGGUGUCACAAAUUCUACAGUAUCUUUGAGUUGGGUUCAACAGAAAACAGCUGCAAGUUAUCGGGCAAUAGCAUUAGGGUUUGGAGCACCUGCAUCUCAAACGUCUGUAACGUCGAACAACGCUACACUUGAAGGCCUUUUAGCAGGAACACAAUACGAAGUAUUGGUAUACACUAGUUCAAAUCUUGGAAGAAAUCUGGGAGUAACGGAAAAUGUGCACCAGCCACCCGCUCUCACUAUUAUUACUGCUCCCAACCCACCGUACAAUAUUAGCAUCACUAAACCUACACAGAAAAAUGUAAACAUCACUUGGUUAGCUCAUACAGGGUCUGUUAGUUUUGUUGUGUUUAUACGAACAACAAAAUCAGAUAUUGCUCAGUCGAACUACUCAACUAUAUCCACGUUUCUUUCUGUAUCUGACUUUCCUCUUACUACGUGUUUUAUUGCUGUUAGGGCAAUUAACGCCCAGGGUUACCCGAGCAAUAACUCUAAAGAAAUUGAAGUAAAACCUGAACUAAACAUUUCUUUGGGAUUGACACACACAUAUUGGUGGGUGGUUCUGUUGGCUGUAGGAAUUGUGCUUAUUCUCUCUACUUUAAUUGGAUGGACGUUAUGCUGCAGAAGUCAAAAUAGACUAAUUAAGAAAAAGGGAGAGUAUGAUUUAGAAAAGUUUCGCAAACGUAUGAGCGAUAAUCAAAACGGAGAACGGUGUCAGAACGCGAAAAUGGAGGAAAGUUAUGAUCCUGCGUCACGUGAAAACUAUCUGGGUUCAGGUGUAGAUAAUCUGGGCAUUUCAAUCUCACCUCCAACUUCCAUUGUCAACAGUCAUACAAACAAAUCUCAAAAUUCAGAGAAUGCUACGGUUGGUGAUGAGAUCAGGUUUAGUAAAAUUUUACAUCACUGUUCCAGAGACAAAGAUAGUGUAAGUAUUAAAGCGGUAAAUUCAAACCACGAACCCAUCGAGGAUGAACCUAGCCCGUCAACAUUGGAAGAAUCAGCGGCGGAAAAACGUGCUCGUGAACUGCUGGAAUACAAUUUUCAAGGGAAGGCAGGGAAUUAUGCAUUCGUCGACCAUGUCGUUGACAAAUCAACAAUAUUUUAACUUAAAAUAAACCUACUAUGGUUCAUUUAUGAACAACAAAUCAAAUCAUGAUAUUUGUUUUUUUCUUGUAAGAGAUGUUAGAAACAAAUAAUAUCUCUUUUUUCCUUAAAACGAAUAAUGUUAAAAACGUGGGCUUUUUAUGUUACUAUAUGUUGUUUUUAUAUGGAGGCACCGUUUGUUAAAUGAAUUAUUGCUACAACAGCACAUCACAUAUCGUUACGACCCAUUCGUUAGUAAUUAAAAAGCUUAUUUCUAUAAAAUGCCAAUUAAAUUGCUUCAUGACAAAUUUCGCAAUUAUUAAAAUCUAACAAUAACCGGG